GCAAACUUAUGAAUACCAACUUUUUGACGAGCAACUCGUGCUAUCAGGAAACUUAAACAAAAACAAAAAAAAAAAAUAACCUUAUGUUUAUUUCUUAUCAUAAGUAUUUUUCAUCUGUAGUUAUUUAUUACAAUCAAAAUACAUUUGUCUUUCAUACAUCAUUACUUAUAUUAAUAUAUAUAAGAAUAAUUGAAUCAUGGAAAAUAUAAAAAAUGAUAAUAACAUUUCAACAUCAAGAACUGCUGUUUUAAUGCCAAGUACAUCUCUACCAAAUGAAACUCCAAAAAUCCAAGGAUAUGACUGGAAUCAAGGCAUUGAUUAUCACAAUUUAUUUGAAAAUUAUAAACACUCUGGUUUUCAAGCUACUAAUUUUGGAUUAGCGGUAGACGAAAUUAAAAAAAUGAUAGAAACCAAAAACAUUCCAUUAAGCGAAGAACAAAUUGACAGGUUUGAAGAAGAUGACUUUAUAAAGAGAGAUAGUUCUUGUACUAUUUUUUUAGGAUAUACGUCAAAUAUGGCAUCAUGUGGUGUACGAGAAUCUAUACGAUUUUUAGUGCAACAUAAAAUGGUGGAUUGUAUCGUAACAACUGCUGGUGGUGUAGAAGAAGAUUUAAUAAAAUGCCUAGCUCCAACAUUCUUAGGUGACUUUGGAUUGGAUGGUAGAGAUCUUCGAGAUAAAGGAAUAAACCGAAUAGGAAAUUUACUUGUUCCUAAUAAUAAUUACUGUUUAUUCGAAGACUGGUUGAUGCCUAAAUUAGAUAAAAUGCUUGCAGAUCAAAAAGAAAACGGAACGUUAUGGACACCUUCUAAAAUAAUAGCAAGACUUGGUGAAGAAAUAAACAAUCCAGAAUCAAUUUGUUAUUGGGCAGCAAAAAAUAAAAUUCCUAUUUUUAGUCCAGCCUUGACAGAUGGUAGUCUUGGAGAUAUGAUGUAUUUUCAUUCAUUUAAAAAUCCAGGAUUUAUUGUUGACAUUCUCUCCGAUUUAAAACGACUAAAUACAAUUGCUGUUAAAGCAAUCAAUACUGGUAUAAUUAUAAUUGGUGGUGGACUUAUUAAACACCAUAUUUGUAAUGCUAAUUUAAUGAGAAAUGGAGCAGAUUUCGCUGUAUUUUUAAAUACGUCAUCUGAAUUUGACGGUAGUGACAGUGGAGCACGACCAGACGAAGCGAUAUCAUGGGGAAAAAUUCGUAAAAACGCUACGCCAAUUAAAAUAUAUGCUGAAGCUUCUCUUGUUUUUCCUCUACUUGUUGGUGAAACAUUUGCCCGAGAAUUUCACUCAACUAAAAAUUUAUCAUCUUCAAGCACUGAAAGAAUCAAAAUAAAUAACUGUCACGACAAAUGAUCAAAUAUGUACAUUGUUUUAAUAUAUUUUGGACUAGCGAUUGCUCGCUACUCUUAACAUCAAUUCAAA